UACCUGCUGACUCUAACUCCUAUAUACAUGCACGUAGCCCUACUGUGCUGCCCAAUAGACCUAUAGGAAUCUGCGGUGUUCAGCCUCGUAAUUCGCCCCGCGCUCUAUUAUGGUUGCGAAAUGCCUCGCCGGGAUGAUUACCGUAUCUACAACCGCUUUCUGAAGGACACUAUCCGGACAUCCACACUUCCCCAGCAAAGCGAUAACGCAUGGAGCAUAUCGUCCAUCAUCCGCAUAGUCGAUGGCAGAAGUUCACUUAUCGGCAAGAGAAAAGGCAUCGCCCCGAAGACGAUCUCAGGCUGUGUAAUCCGGGCCAGACAAGCAGCCAGGUAAUUGAGAGGUUCUUAUCACCCGAACGAGACAAGAUUCACCUAGAUCAGGUCGUUCCACGCCAACGGCAAAUAUUGAGAGACUUCUUGCGUGAAGUCAUUCCAGCAGCCUCGCGCAGAAUUUACCCCUACUUGCAAGACGUAGAGAGAUACAGCAGCGACGAUAGUAUCGCGCUUCUAGAUGAUCGGCAAAACCAUGAAGGAUGCGAAAAGAUCAGCGGAAAGCCCUGUAACGACUGCGUUAUCUUCUCGAGAUCAGUUUGCAUUCCUGAGCUCUGUGCAAGGUUGCAGGAAAAGAGAAGGACAUUUAAGGCUGAAAAGCGGAUAAUAUUCAUACCCAACCUCACGUCUGCAGCAGCUGUAUGUUUGGCAGCAACAGUCGCUGAGCGAUCAGCGGUCACUCUCCGGGACUUCUUACACAGAUAUCUUAAACGGGAGGUUGUAUUCAGCGCGACGACGACUUGGGGCUUCUUCUUCGAGUUUCAUAUACCCUACCAUGCAAUGCGUCGCGGACCACUUACGGUCACCGAAGAUCCAAGAUUGAUAGGUGACAAACGUCUCCGCAAGACAGAACCUCUACCACUUGGACAUCAUCCUAGCGACCAAGAAGAUCUCUAUUAUCAUGAGGCGCUGACGUCUUCUCUCUCAUGGGGUGCUGAUGAGUGGUUUUGGACGGAGCUAUGUCUGGUAGACACAUACUUUGGCUCCGAGGAAAAACACAAGUCCUACUUCACUGGGUGUCAGGAAGGAGAUGGACUUGACCCCCCGUGUGGUGGUCGCAUUCACAUGACCGCUCCGCGUUUUGACCCAAGAGAGUAUUUUCUUCUCAAGCUGAAGUUUCGGACUGAACAAGUAGUCACGGAGUACAGUACACUUAUUGAAACCUUCAACAAGAGAAUGGACGAAUACGCACAAACGAUUAGACGCGUAUUCGAAGACGACAACAAAAGAACAAAUACAAGAACAAUAAGCGACGUUAUCGAAACGACACAGCUGUCGCUCUUCACUAGCUACAUACCCGAAAGAUCGCUGUGGCCAAAUUAUAUCAACAGCAUCAUGCGAAACGUCGCAGAACUAGACCGACUGCGCAAGACACUUCUUACAAAGCGAGAUCGCUUCAAGUUCAAACUCGAUAGC